AUUCACCAGAAAAAUAUCAUCGCCACGUGAGCAGCUAAACAUCUCUCUCUCUCUCUCACUUUCUUCCUCUCGACUCUCUCUCUCUCUCUCUAACCUCUCUCCACCCAAAAUCAUACAUACUACUACUCAUAAUCUUUACAAACGGAAAAAUAUUCUCUUCUCCAAUCACAGUACCGAACCUAUUAUCACAAUCUUGCAAUUUCACAGAAAAAGUUCCAUCUCUAAUAGCUUCAGAGGCAUAUAAACCAACAGUGACUUCACAGUGCGACGGAGAGUAAAUGUUAUCUGGAAAAUUAUUGAGUUCGGAAAGUUUGCGACUGAGAGGUGCAAAAGUCUAUUUCUGAGUCAUAACAACAAUGCAUUUUUGUUAAGUGCCUUGUUGAGAAAGCUCGGCUAGUGCUCUGUUUGGACUUAAGAUGUUGAAUUACAAUCUUCUUAUCCUUGAUUGGUAGCCGUCAAAGUGGAAGCUCAUGCCUUUUCUUGCCGGUGCCAUCAUGCUUAACUAAAGGGUUUGCCCCAAAGAUUUUUAUAUGGCUAGUUCAUGUGAAAGGUGGAUUGACCGUCUUCAAUUCUCCUCUGUAUUCUGGCCCCCACCGCAAGAUGCAAAGCAACGAAAGGUCUGGCUCAAAUUACUGCCUAUGUUGAGUAUUUUGGUCAGUUCACAUCAGAACAAUUUCCAGAAUAUUUAGAUGAGCUGAUCCGGAACCAUUAUCCAUCCAGGGAAACACGCCUUUUUGAUGAUGUUUUGGCAAUGUUUGUUCUUCACCAUCCAGAGCAUGGGCAUGCUGUCAUUCUUCCUAUUAUUUCCUGUAUCAUUGACGGUACACUGGAGUACGAUCCGAGUAUUCCUCCAUUUGCUUCUUUCAUCUCCUUAGUCCGUCCAAGUGGAGAGAAUGAGUAUUCUGAGCAGUGGGCUAUGGCAUGUGGAGAGAUCUUAAGAAUCUUAACUCUUUACAAUCGCCCAAUUUAUAAGUUUGAGCAUCAGUGCAGUAAAGCAGAUAGAAGCUGCAGUGGGAGCCAGACCACCACAAGCAAAUCUGUAGAUAAGGAAUCCUAUCAUUCACCUCCUGUACUACACGAGAGGAAACUGUUAAGGCCAUUGUCUCCCUGGAUUACUGAUAUAUUGCUUGCUUCACCUUUGGGUAUUAGAAGUGAUUACUUCCGUUGGUGUGGUGGUGUUUUAGGAAAAUAUGCAGCAGGAGAACUCAAGCCACCUUCAAUUGCUGCUCCUCGUGGACCUGGAAAGCAUCCCCAGCUCAUGCCAUCAACUCCAAGGUGGGCUGUUGCUAAUGGCGCUGGUGUUAUCUUAAGUGUCUGUGAUGAGGAGGUUGCUCGCUAUGAGACUGCUACUUUAACAGCAGCUGCUGUUCCUGCACUUCUACUUCCUCCUCCAACAACACCUAUGGACGAACAUCUUGUUGCGGGUCUACCAGCUCUUGAGCCCUAUGCUCGUUUAUUUCAUCGGUAUUAUGCAAUUGCCAGUCCAGGUGCAACCCAAAGACUUCUGGUUGGACUUUUAGAAGCACCGCCAUCGUGGGCUCCAGAUGCACUUGAUGCUGCUGUGCAACUUGUGGAACUACUUAGAGCAGCUGAGGAUUAUGCAUCUGGCAUGAGGCUUCCCAGGAACUGGAUGCAUUUGCAUUUCUUGCAUCCAAUUGGAAUUGCAAUGUCCAUGAGGGCAGGCAUUGCUGCUGAUGCUGCAGCUGCUCUUCUUUUUCGCAUACUUUCACAGCCUGCACUGCUUUUUCCUCCACUGAGACAAGUUGAAGGAGUUGAAGUUCAACAUGAACCUCGGGGUGGCAAUAUUUCAUCCUACGGAAAGCAGUAUGUUGACCAGAUAGAAGCACAUGCAACUGAAUCAACAAUUGAGGCCACCGCCCAAGGGAUUGCAUCAAUGCUUUGUGUCCAUGGACCAGAGGUUGAAUGGAGAAUAUGCACCAUAUGGGAAGCGGCUUAUGGCCUUAUUCCAUUAAAUUCGUCAGCUGUUGACCUUCCUGAAAUCAUUGUUGCAACUCCACUUCAACCUCCCAUUUUAUCGUGGAACCUAUACAUACCCCUCCUUAAAGUUCUGGAGUAUCUUCCUCGCGGAAGUCCAUCUGAAGCAUGUCUCAUGAAAAUAUUUGUUGCUACUGUUGAAGCAGUACUUCAGAGAACAUUUCGAUCCGAGUACUCUGGAGAAGAAAGCAGAAAAACAAGAAAUCUUUCUGGUGUUGGGUCUACUUCCAAAAAUCUUGUUGUGGCAGAGCUUCGUUCAAUGGUUCAUUCACUAUUUUUAGAAUCAUGUGCCUCUGUAGAGCUUGCUUCACGCCUACUUUUCAUUUUUUUAACUGUGUGUGUCAACCAUGAAGCUCAGGGUAACGGUAGCAAGAGACCAGUAGAUGAGAAUUGUCAUCCUCCUGAUGGAAUCUGUGAGGAUUUGCAAGCAGUGUCCGGAAAACAGACACACAUGGGAAGUAGAAAAACAAAAAAACAGGGGCCUGUAGCGGCAUUUGAUUCUUAUGUUCUAGCUGCUGUUUGUGCUCUUGCAUGUGAACUUCAGUUGUUCCCAUUGAUUGCAAGAGGCGGUAAUCAUGUAGAUCCCAAAAAUGUGCUGGAUGCAAACAAGACUUCAAAAAUAAAUGGAUCUUCCAGUGAGUUCCAAAAUAGUAUUGGUUCUGCAGUUCAUCAUAUUCACAGGAUAUUGGCGAUUCUGGAGGCACUUUUUUCUCUGAAACCAUCCUCUGUUGGAACCUCGUGGAGUUACAGUUCAAAUGAGAUAGUUGCUGCUGCUAUGGUUGCGGCUCAUAUUUCUGAACUGUUCAGACAGUCGAAGGCUUGCAUGAAUGCACUUUCUGUCUUCAUGCGGUGCAAAUGGGAUAAUGAAAUUCACUCCAGGGCAUCUUCACUUUAUGAUCUUAUUGAUAUUCACAGCAAAACUGUUGCAUCCAUAGUCAACAAGGCAGAACCACUGGAAGCACACUUAAUGCAUGCACCAGUUUGGAAGGAUACCCCUGUAUCUCUUGAUGGCAGUAAACAAGAUAAAUAUUUAAGCACUGGCUGCUUUGAACCAGUGCAACUGUUGGCACUGAAGAAUGAAUAUUCAGCUGAUUUAAGAACGUCACUUAAGCGUGAGAAAGCUUCAUAUCCAAAUGAAGGAACAGGAAAUAGAACUGGUAAAGAGAUCACAAGUUUCCCAUUAGACGCUUUGGAUUUGGCCAGCUUCCUCACAAUGGACAGGCAAGUAGGAUUUAAUUGCAGUCCGCAAUUUCUUCUAAGGUCUGUACUGGCAGAGAAGCAAGAAUUAUGUUUCUCAGUUGUUUCACUGCUCUGGCACAAGCUGAUUGCAGUCCCAGAAACACAACCUAGUGCAGAGAGCACUUCUGCACAGCAAGGAUGGAGGAUGGUGGUUGAUGCACUAUGCAAUGUCGUAUCAGCAUCACCAAGAAAAGCUGCUACAGCUAUUGUUCUACAGUCUGAGAGGGAAUUGCAGCCUUGGAUUGCUAAAGACGACGAUCGGGGUCAGAAGAUGUGGAGAAUCAACCAGAGAAUUUUGAAACUGAUUGUGGAGCUGCUGAGAAAUCAUGAUACUCCGGAAUCAUUGAUAAUUUUGGCUAGUGCUUCAGAUCUUCUUUUGCGUGCCACAGAUGGGAUGUUCGUUGAUGGAGAAGCAUGCACUCUACCGCAGCUGGAGCUCCUGGAAGCAACAGCUAGAGCAGUCCAACCAGUGCUCGAGUGGGGGGCAGAAUCUGGGUUGGCAGUCGCAGAGGGCCUUUCAAACUUGUUGAAGUGUCGCCUACCAGCUAUGACCCGAUGCCUUUCUCAUCCAAGUGCUCUUGUCCGUGCUCUUAGCACAUCAGUUCUUCGUGAUAUUCUUCAUACUGGUUCAAUAAAAUCCAGUCAUAAACAAAUGGAUUCAAAAGCCAUCCAUAGUCCCACAUAUCAGCACCUAAAUGCAGGCGUCAUUGACUGGCAAACAGAUAUCGUAAAGUGCCUAACAUGGGAAGCUCAUAGCCGACUUUCAAGUGGAAUGUCUCUUGAGUUUCUUGAUACUGCCUCUAAGGAAUUAGGCUGUGCCAUAUCCAUUUGACAUUAACGUAGCAUUUGGCAGCUGUUUUAUGUUCACUCCUGUAUUCAUUACGAGUACAUAGCCACAGAAAUGCAUUAAAAUCUUUCAACCACUGAAGAUGGUGUACUGUGAGGCGGUAGAAAGAACUUCAACUACGGAUGAUUACACUUUAUGUGCUGUUAAUUUUUGUUCAGCUCAAGUAAGUCGUGUUUGUUAGAGGCAGAAAAUCACCCCGAUAAUGUGGAUUCUUGUGACAAAAAAGGAUUAUUUUGAUAGCAAGAGGCCUAAUCUUUUAUUUUAGCUCAGUCACCUAUAUAAUAUCCCAUUUCUGUGAUCUAGUUAUAUUAGUUUACGGGUUGCGAACCCAAUGUUUGGGGGGUUAUCUCACCAUGCCCAGAAGCAUAAACUUCAUCUGUAUCUAUAUGUGGAUAAUAAGAAGCUUUCAUUUUCCUA